AUGUCUGACUCGAACUCGAAACAAACACAGUCCACCGAUGCACCGACUGAAUUUAAAGAAGAUGGCGUCUACGUUGCUCUCACUCACGAUACACUUGACGCCGUUGCUAUAAUGAAUAAAGUUCGAAGUCCGAAAGCUGGAGCUAUCGUCCUGUUCGCUGGAACUACUCGGGAUAACUUUGGAGACAAGCCUGUUGUGCAUCUGGCUUACGAAGCAUAUGCUCCGCUUGCCAUCAGGACCAUGACCAAGAUUGCACGCGAGAUCAAGGAGAAGCACGGCUUGAAUGGCAUAGCAAUGAUUCAUCGUCUUGGAGUUGUGCCCAUCGCAGAAGAGAGCAUCCUGAUUUCAGUAUCGUCGCCGCACCGGCAAGCUGCAUGGCGGGCAGGCGAGGAAGCACUCGAACUGACUAAGGAGAAAGUUGAAGUCUGGAAGCUCGAGGAGUUCGGUGGUGAGGAGGGUGGUGUAUGGAGGGCCAACAGAGAUGGCCAGGCAGGCGUGAAAAUCAGCGGUUGA